UCAUGCAAAUGAUGGUUUUUGCCGCUACUCACCGUGCCUAUAAUUCUGCUGACGAUAAUUCACUGUCCUAGCUGUAGCCCGUGCCACAGUGAAUCUACCUUAAAUUUCUCUUUUCUUGCGUGCUGUCUGCUCAUAUUAUCAUGCUUAGAGGUUUCUUUAAACAUUAAUCACUGUUCAAGUUGCUUAUUCUCACGAAGUACUGAACCUUAAAACGCACCGCCGUACAUUUGCGGAAAUCAUGGGAAAAUUUCUGGAUCUUAUUAAAAGCUGUUUGGGACGUGCAGCUCCGCAAGCUCCGCGGCCAGCGCCAAGAAAAUACAAACUGUUCACUAAAGACUUCAGUACAAACCCGCACAGCCGUUGGGCGGUGGCCAUGUUCCAGGCGGUCACGGACACGGCGAACACUCCCGAUGCAAAUUUCGUUGCAAGUCCCUACGCGGCAGAAGUCAUCCUGACGGCUCUAUUUCCUGAUCUGAAGGGCCCACUACAUUCCAUCAUAAUGCCUCCGGAUGUGUUUUAUUUUGAUGGAAAUUGUUAUCCCGGAUUGGAUCAACAUGCGGCGACCCCGGACGGUGCGAUGAGCGGUGGCAGCGUUGCGUUUUACGAUGAUAACUGCCGUUUGGAACCUCAGCCCGAGAAAGCAAUUGAAAGAGCUGUUAAAGCCGGGUUUAUAAAAACGACAGUUGAACGGUUCCUUGAGAAAACGUUUGAGACAACGGGUCAGUUUAUCGACGGAAAAAUUACCCUGUUGUUGACGCAUUUUAAAUGUGAAGCGCAGCUACACUGGGUGAAUAUAGUCGAUUUCACCGGACAAUGGGAAUUUCCGUUCGAAAAAGCAGAUACAAUAAGCGGAACAUUCUACUGUGCAAAUAAUGAGGAAAAAACCGUGGAGUUUAUGAGGAACGAGAAUGGCAUAAUACGAUGGUUGUUUGGCAGCAACGAACGACGCGAAGACGAUCCGCAAAUGAUCCUGCUCGACAUCGUCGAGGGAAAAUUCACCGUUAUGCUGCUCUUACCGGCAAAGCGUACUGACGAAUUAGACAGCUUAGAAAAACAACUGACCAUCGAGAAAUUGUUAGAAUGGCGACGGAAAAGCGCGCAAGACCUUGCGUACAUUGUGAUACCAAAGUUCCGUAUCAGUUGUGAUGUGAAUUUGCAGCCGGUUCGGAUAGCGUUGGGUCUGAAAAGAUCUAAUGAACCAUCCACCCCGUUUUGUCCCGAGAUCUCAGAGGAAGACAGCCGGCAAAUGUGUGUCAGCCAAUUCCGACAGCAAGUUACCUUUGAGCUGGACGAAUACGGUAUCAACGCAGCGCCGGCUGACUACUGCAGAAAAGAAUGGGGUAUGACUAUGCUGAAUGAAAAACCGGAUGUGUUUGUUGAUCGUCCGUUCUUGAUGGUCAUUUGGGACGAAAUGGCCAACGUGCCCGUCUUUAUGGGUCGCAUCACUGAUCCGAGUUUGUCUGGGUUUCCAGCACACUCAUCUAGUUCGACCGCAGCCGGCGAAACGGAAGUGGCGGCUGAUCCAUGAGGUCCGCACUGAGCUCGGGUUGGGACGAAAUAGACAGCGGCUUCGCGAUGUGCACUGAAGCCAAAGGAUCCUUCUGAAAGUCUGGAUUACAGUGUAAUUCAGGGUUCUUCUCGGCUCGAUUGUUCGUGAGAAACAACUUGCUGAGAAGAAUCCUGAAUUGGAAACCCUUUUUUCCUAGCAGCAGUUCGUGUAAUGUGUAUUGGUCAUGACCUCGGAAUCGUGGGCUGUGAGCAAAUCUUUAUUGGCAAACCGGUCAAGAAAAGUUGGCCAAGAAAUCCUCCAACCAUA